UAUGGAUCCAGGCAUUCUGUGUAAAGGCAAUCCAAUUAAGGGAGUUCACGGGAUUUCUUUUAUUUAUCAAAGACAUAUUAAUGACCGAGAUAUCAGACUGAUGGAUAUUGAUUACUUGGGUAGCGUUAGUCGUCUUUGUGGCGUCAUUCUACGAACGUUUCAUUUACCUGCUUGUAAAAAAAACAUGCCUGUAACAGAGAUUGAUACAGAGGAGGGAGUUCGAUCAUUAAUUAAUGACGUAAAAGAUCAAGUAAUAGUAAUCGAUUUUUGGGCUUCUUGGUGUGGUCCCUGUCGAAUGAUAGGCCCUCAUUUUGAUAAUUGGGCUAAGGAAGCUGAAUAUGAAUCCAUUAAAUUUGUCAAAGUAGAUGUCGAUGAAGUUGGAGAGUUGGCAGAGGAAUUUGGAAUCCAGUGCAUGCCCACGUUUAUGUUUUUCAAAAAUGGCGAAAAGAUUGAUGAAAUAUCUGGAGCUAAUAAAGACAGAUUGAAAGAGCUAUUAGAUAAAUAUAAGUAA